AUGUCUUCCGACCCCACCAUUAAUAUUGCUUCUCCUGACGAUGCCGAGAAGGGCGUCGCUGAUGUCUACUCUGGAGAGAUUGCUAUCACUUUUGGCGACGAAAAGAAGGAUUUGACCGUCCAACAAAUCAUUCCCGUCGUUGCAGGGGCAGCGAAAGAUGAAAGGCCGGCUCAGACAACUAGCAAGCCUGCGAAGAGGAAGGUUUCGAAAUGGAUCCUGUGGCAGCUAUGGUUCAAUACAUAUCGGAAACUAUUCACUAUUGUGUUCACCGCGAACAUCAUAAUGUUUGGUUUCGCUGCGUCCGGUCGCUGGGAUUACGCCAGGAAAUACGGCGGUGCUAUGGCCGUCGGCAAUUUCAACGUCGCGGUCCUUAUGCGGAACGAAAUAUUCGGUCGCUUCUUGUACCUCUUUGUGAAUACCUGCUUCGCAAAAUGGACGCCGCUCCAGUGGCGGCUGAUGUGCACGUCUAUUCUCCAGCAUCUGGGAGGCAUACACUCGGGCUGCGCCAUCUCCGGCAUCAUAUGGCUGAUACUGAGAACCGUCGAUGUAUUCAGGGCCCACCAGGAUGAGCACGCCGUGGUUCUGGCGUUCGGCGUUUUGACAUGUAUCACGAUGGUGAUGACUGCUGUGGCGGCUCUCCCGUGGGUGCGCAACACGCACCACAACGUCUUCGAACGCUGGCACCGGUUCAUGGGCUGGUCGUCAUUGGUCCUUACCUGGAUGUUCGUCUUGCUCAGCGACUUGUGGGACACGACGACCAAGCAGUGGAAUCUCAGCGGCGAACACAUCGUCAGGCAACAAGACUUUUGGUAUGUCAUGUGCAUGACCUUCUGGAUUGCCCUCCCCUGGAUUUGUACGCGAAAGGUUGCCGUUGAAGUUGAGCUCCCGUCCAACAAGGUCGCAGUCUUACGCUUCGAGCGAGGUAUGCAGCAAAGCUUGCUGGCGCGUAUCAGCAGGAGCGCAAUUAAGGAAUACCAUGCCUUCGGUAUUAUCUCAGAAGGGACACAUGCGAAAUAUCACUAUCUCGUCUGCGGUGUUCAAGGCGACUUCACACGUAGCCUAGUGAAUGACCCGCCCAAGCAUAUCUGGACCCGCGAAGUCAAGUUUGCAGGCGUAUCCAAUACCUCCAAGCUAUAUAAACGCGGUAUCCGUAUUUGCACAGGGACUGGCAUCGGUGCCGCUCUUUCAACAUGUAUACAGUCGCCGAAUUGGUUCCUCAUCUGGAUAGGUUCAGAUCAGGAAAAGACGUUCGGUCCGACCAUCAGCGGGCUCAUCAAGCGCAACAUCGAGCCAGAGCGUUACCUUCUUUGGGAUAGCAAGGUGCGAGGCGGGCGCCCCGACACGCGGAAGAUCCUCAAGGACGUGUACAAAUCUUUCAACGCUGAAGUCGUCUUCAUCACGUCCAACUACACCGGGAACUCGGAGAUGAUGCAGGCAUGCAAAGAGGAGGGUAUCCCGUGCUUUGGCACACUAUGGGACUUCGUAAGUACACAUUGA